AUGGCACCAAUUCUACUUAACUGCAUGGGGAACGAUCACAGUGAAUAUGUCAAACAACAGGUCCAAGUGAAAAACCCUUACUUGGACACCAUGGAGGAGGACAUUCUGUACCACUUCAGCUUGAGUACCAAAUCUCACAACUUGCCAGAGAUGUUUGGUGACAUUAAGUUUGUGUGCGUUGGAGGCAGUUCCAACCGCAUGAAAGCCUUCGCCCAGUUUAUCCACCAGGAGCUAAAACUGCCUGGAAACCCUGCUGAAGUCCGGGAUAUUUGUGAGGGAACCGACCGCUACUGCAUGUAUAAAGUGGGACCAGUGCUCUCUAUAAGUCAUGGAAUGGGUGUGCCAUCAAUCUCCAUUAUGCUGCAUGAGCUCAUCAAACUGCUUUACCAUGCCCACUGCAGGGACGUGAUCCUGUUCCGUCUGGGGACAUCCGGCGGAGUCGGUUUGGCUCCAGGCACAGUGGUGGUGACUGAAAAAGCGGUGGACUACUCCUUCCGGCCUCAGUUUGAGCAGGUGGUUCUAGGUAAAGUGAUCACCCGCAGCACGGAGCUGGACGAAGGGGUGGCCAGUGAGCUUCUGCAAUGCUCCAGAGAGCUGCAAAACCUUCCCACUGUGAUCGGGAACACGAUGUGCACCCACGAUUUUUACGAAGGUCAAGGACGACUCGACGGGGCUCUGUGCUCCUUCUCCCAUGAAGAAAAACUGGAGUAUCUGAGAAAAGCGUAUGAAGCUGGCGUUAGGAACAUCGAAAUGGAAUCCACUGUUUUUGCAGCCAUGUGUCGCAUAUGUGACCUCAAAGCGGCCGUCAUCUGCGUCACGCUUCUGAAUCGCUUGGAGGGUGACCAGAUUACUUCCCCUCACGAUGUUCUGGUGGAGUACCAGAAGAGACCUCAAGCCCUGGUGGCCCACUUCAUCAAGAAACGUCUGGGACUUAUUGUCUAA